AUGCUCACCCAGCAGUACUACAAGCACUAUAACAGCAUCUCAGAGGUCAAGUGGGGUUACAUCCUCCACGGCAUCGGCUACUCGUUCUUGGUAACAAGCGUGCUAUCCUUCCUUGCCAUUGUCCACGCCAACGCCAACGGACUCGGAGAUGCCACGUCCAAAGGCUACAAGAGGCCAUGGGUACUGCGCAUCUUGCACCUCGUCAACGUCGGUGCUCUCGUUCUCCUGAUCACCGGCUACUCGAAGAGCGGAGACGUGUUCGACGGCGCUCACCCCGACGCCAAGCUCGACAGCAAGGCUCACAUCGGAGACAUCAUCUACUGCGGCAUCACCGUCGUCCUCUUCGGCUACUGUUCCGUGCUCUUCCCCAAGACUACAGGCAAGGACAAGAAGAUCCUGGCACGCGUCUUCCUCGGCCUGGUUUUCAUGGCGAUUCGUUGCGGUUAUGCUACCUGGCACACAUAUCGGGUGCCCUUCUUGGGUGUCAACACUUGGGUCAAGCUUGGUCUCGACUACAUUCCCGAGGUGCUGGCCGUGUUGGCUUUCGUCACCAUCGCCUUCGUGGGCCGUGACCAGGACGCCUACACUUCGUCAAAGCACUACCAGUUUGCGCAUCCCGGUCCCGGCUAUGCUUGA